UGAAUGAAUGUGCUUUGGAAGUUGCAAAGUACAGAGACACAGCCGAUGACGUGGGCAUGCCGAGGUUGGCAGGCCUUGCAAUGGACUCUACAGCCUUGGAUAAGCACAGUUUGAUUGAUGUAUUUCUGAACCGCCCGGCAUUGAUCCAUUGUUGGAUUUCUGGGUUUUUGGCACUCAGUCCCUAUCGCUGCCAGCUGUGGCACAAGCAGAAACCUGGUCAUGUUCUCCAGUGCAGCUGCUUGUCUCCGUGAACCUGUAGCAGCCGCGUCCGGCAAACUGCGGUGCCUAACGCUCGGCCUACAACCGCUGCUUGUUUCGUUGGUGCCGCCCGGGUGACCUUACUGCAUAGAGGGGCACGGCUUACAAGAGCACUGAAGGAGUCGAAGGGAGGGGUUUGAGUCUCCAGAAUCUGCAUGCUUUGGCUAGGGUUGCUUGUGAGCGUUCGUGCAGACGUGCUAGAAGACUGGAUCUCUCCUCUUGGGCGGGAUGCCUUUUUUGCUGCCACGUUCGAACAGCAGUGGGCGCACUUUCCACAUCCCUCCCCACUGGUGCCCAUCAGCCUGGACCACGUGGCGGAGUGGGUCAAGCUCCGUGGCCGAGAUGACGACGUCAUCGAGACCUUAGCACAUCCCACAGGGCGCAGCUUCAAAUCCUUGAGCUCGAACCCUGUGGAGUACAUCCAAGAAGCUUUUCUGCAAGGACACUCCAUGGUCAUCAACUCUCUGCAGCGAUGGUCUGAGCCUGGCAAGCGACUGGCCAAAGACCUCUAUGCUGCUUGCGAUCUGCCCGUGGAUGUUUACAUGUACUUCACCCCGCCCCACUCGCGGAGCUACGGGCUGCACUCGGACGUCAUGGACGCCUUCAUGGUGCAACUGGCCGGCGCCAAGACCUGGCGCGUUUGCGAUGCCCCCAGCUGGCGGGCACCAAACCUUGACCCGGAGCAGGCGCUGCAAAAGCUCAACGCUUCCUGCGACACCAUCACCAUGCGCGGUGGCGACGUCAUGUAUUUGCCCUAUGGCACCCUGCAUCAGGCGACCACUUACUCCGACUUCUCCAUGCACUUGACCGUCAACCUGGAACGGCAAUACUAUGUUUGGCUGGCCUUGAUCAUCGCCAUGAUGCACAAAGCGGCCCGGCCAGAGCUGACCGUUCAAGGCUUCAUUGAAAGCGGAGACUUUCAAGUGGAUGACCCGGAGUCUGCUCUAUUUCGCGCUCUCAGCAGACUGUCUCCCAUGCUGCCUGAACUACACAGGGUUCCGGGCACUGGAGCUGCGAAUGUGACGUCCACACGACUCCUAACCGCUGCACUUUGCAAUGAAGACUUGCCCGAGGGGUACGAGGCAAGUUUGGAGGAGGAAAAGCGAGAGUUGGUUGCCAAGAUGUUGGCACAUUUGCGGGCAGAUGCCACACUUGCUUCUCGGAAAAUUCAAUUUGGUCGCCGUGUCGUACCCUUCUUGGAAGCAGCCGAGCUUUUACAAAGCGAGACGCUUGGAUUUGCCUUGCAGCUGGUGCGCUAUCACUCGGCGCAUCACGUGCAAUUCCUUGACAAGCCGGAUCUCUUUGCGUCGCUGUCAGCCAUCCGGAGCCAUCUGGGCCCCGAUAGUCCCCCAGUGAAGCUGUCAGCGCUCGCCUCCAAGCUGCCAGAAGAAACUAUGCUCGUCCGAGCACCGCGACUUCGAGCCGCGCUGAUCGGAGACGUCGGUCUGGUGAUCAACGGGGUGGAGGUCCCGGUCACACGGCAGCAGAUCCCGGCAGCUCUCUUUGCGCUGGGUCUGUUCAAGGAAGGGACCGCACAGGGCCAGCCAUUUGCGCUCGCCGAAGCUCGCAAGACAGGCGAGAUGAAGCUGUUCCAGAAGCUGCUGAAGCUUGGAGCCCUGCAAGUGGUAGGCGCAGCCGGAGAAGCUCUGCUCAAAGGCUGAAAAGUCAUGUCGCUCCUGGUUUGCACUCGGCAAAUGUGAAAGUAAGUUUCAGCAAAAGGGCGGCCAAAGCUGCCGCAGUACGUCAGGUGCACAGUGGCUUGCAAGCAG